AGGAAUGAAGCAGUUCCCUUGAAUUUAUUUUAGCGAUUUGAGUUUAGUUUUUAAUUUAUUUUUACUUAAAAAAAAAAAAGAGAUUUUUAGGCAAAAAAUAAGUUACAAAAUUUGAUUGUUUUUAAGGAAUUUUAAAAAAGUGUUUCAAUUUCAAUGAAUGGAAAAGCAAGGCAGAUGGAUAUAACUGAGGAGCUUGUCAAUCUGACGGACACUGAACUGUACCGAUUGCUGAUCCAGAAUGGAAUCUCAGACUUUUCGAUAGUGGACGACUCGAGGAACGCCAUGAUCUUUAAACUGAUGCGGGCCUGGCACUUCCAGCAGAAGAGAAGGAUUAUAACGCAGAUUCAAAAGGCCAAGGAUCCGAACUAUUCCCUGGAGAGCUGUGUCCGCGAUUCAUUUCCCGAUGCGGAGCUAACUGACUACGAUCCUGAAGAGGAGCAAAUAUCUAUCCCGGAAACUGUCGUGAACUACAUCAGAAACAUGGACAAAUCCCAGUGGAUUGUCUUUACUUUUUUCGCCUUCAUGGCCCUGAUAGUCGGAGCUUAUGUUGCUCUGAUCUGCGAUACCAGGGUCAACCUCGUUGGCAGACUUCCCACCAAGUAUGUCCUCUGCAACACUCCGUUGCGGGGCAACUGCAUCCACCCAGAGUCGAUUGAGGAUGCGGAGGACAUCGCCAAGGACAUAUUCGAGAUACUGCAGGACCAGGCCAUAAACUACUACUGCAGUCGCGGAACGACCAACCUGCUGGUAGCCAACGACUACGAGCAUAUUUCCAGGUACAGGAACAACGAGAACUUCAAGACUUCUUUCCUGGACGCCAAGUAUCUGAUGCGCAUGAACGGCCAUUGGAAUAUCCGGAUGCUCGACGACCUGAAGCUGGGAGUCCACUUUGGCCUCGACCAUCCAGUGCUGCCCUUGUCGUGCAUGCUCCGAAUCCAAUUGAAGAGAUUCUUCGUCGCGAUGGGCGUAAUAGCGGUGGUCAUAAUCUGCUGGUUCUUUGUUUCCAUUGCCUGCGAGAUCCAUGGCAAGCAGAAGACCCUCAUCCAGGACACUGCCGGGCAACUGGCCACGGAUAUAUUCAAUGAGAUCGUGGCGGAAGAGAAGUGCCCAGAGCUGGACGUUGGACUUCUUAUAGCAAAACUGAUACCGUCCAUGCCGACACAGUUGCACGACAGUGUAGUGAUCCACACUCUGGACAUUCUGGAAAGGGACAAACGGGUGAUCCUACGGGUUUAUGAACAGAACCGGCACUACGUCCACAGCAUAUCAUGGAACACUAACGUAAUGAAGACCAUCUGGCAGAGACCCGUCAUCCGCCAAAUGCCUUCGGAGCCAGCGACCUCCAAUUGCCUGAAAAUAUUGAAUCUCCUUAGCGGCGCCGAACGACGCACUGUGAAUACCAAGGGCUAUCUGGUCGGAUUGAUUCACUCGAAGAUUGGAGAACCGAUGCAAAUGUAUGACCUGCAGAUCGACUGGAAGACUGGGGAGGUCUUUAUACGUUGCUCCAGUAAGAUGGACGCUGGAAUACUUCAUUCACACCUACACGGAUGGUGGUACGACCGUCGCAUCCUCACAGUUGAAUACGUUACACAGGACUUCUACAUGACAUACUUUCCAGAGAAGUAUUCCAGCGUCCAUCUUCAGAGAGGGAGCGUACAGGAGCAGCAUGACACCUAACACCUACACCGACAUCUACAGACUACAGACUACCCUAAACCACCUUUCUUGUUAGUUAGUUUAAUAAAUUUCUAGUUCAUUUA